ACGUCCAAAGAAGCGUAUGUCCUGUCUCUACCUUCCGUGGAGCGAGAGGAGUAUCUUCUCGCUCUGCGCGUCCUACUCUAUGGCUACAAAUACGACCACUAUACCCGCGACCCGAGUCGGGACGUUAUCGUCAUGACGACUCCUCAUGUUCCUGUCGAGGUUGAAGACCAACUGCGGGCCGAUGGCGCAAUCAUUUUCCGCCACGACCUCAUCCCUUCCAUUACGGACCCCUUCGAUAUCAACAGCGAUCACAUCUGCAGACAUUGCUACAAUAAACUCCUCGUCUGGAAUAUGAUUCAAUACGAGCGUGUCCUACUCGCCGACUCUGACUUCUUGAUGGUGAGGUCACUCGAAGGGAUCUGGGAUGAGCCGGAAUCUCAAGCUGAGACGGGACUGGCUGCUCGUUCCGUACUCCACUCGGAUCCGGGGACUGACUAUCUUGACUCAAGCUUCGUAAUUGCUAGACCCAAUCGGACGAUGUUCGAGGAGCUUCUCUUGGUUCAAGGCUCCCCGGGUCCAAUGCAGGACAUUGGGCAGUCGCUACUCGAUAAGUACUUCCGGAAGGACGGCCCGCAUCCCUGGUCCGCACUAGACGAAAAGCUACAUGAAAAAUGCUGGAUGGACAGUGGGGACUGGGCAUUGACUAGUCUAUGGAGCAUGAAAGUAGGGAAGAUGUUGGGUCAUCAGCUGGCG